AUGGAGCCGCCCGCCCUGACAGUGAGCGCCGCGGUCCGGGAGCACCUGCGGAAGUUGUGUCUGCACGAGUUCCCGUGCGGCACGGGCAGCUGGAAUAAGUCGCGCUUUCUUCCUCAAACUUGCCGAGCAUGGCGGGAGCUGAUCCCCAGAGAGGAGGACGCUGUGGGCCCCGGGGAGGAGACGGUGGAUGCCCUGCUGGGCCUGGUCUGCAGCCCCCACUCACCCUGGGCCCUGCUGGAGGGCUCAAGCGAUGAGGACCGUUUUCUGAGAGAGCUGGCCGUCCAGAAUCCCCUGAUGCUCAAAGACAGCUUCUUCUACACCUACUUCAGGUCGCUACGGGUGGUGGACAAACAGGUGAGCCUGGUGGACAAAGACCUCCUGAAAUUUGUGAAGCUUGAAGAGUUGGUGCUGAGUGCUAAUCAAAUCAAGGAGAUUGACAGCACCAACCUGCCCCCAACUCUCAAGGUGCUGGAGCUCUACGGCAACAAGAUGACCAGCAUGGAGUGUCUGUGCACCUGCCCGCCCCCAAGGCUCCAGCACUUGGGGUUGGGUCACAACAAGCUUCUGGGCCCCCUGGAGAGUCUAUACGUCACCAGUGAUUACUGGCCCAACCUCGUCUCCCUGGACCUGAGCUUCAACGACCUGACGGACCUGCGGGGCAUGGUGGCCGGCCUCCGGACCCUGCGGCGCCUGCGGUUGCUGGUGCUGCAGGGGAACCCACUGGCCCUGGUGCCCUGCUACCGGGGCUUCAUCAUCGACAGCCUGUCUGGGCUCUGCGUGCUGGACGACAUCACCGUGGCAUCCAGCGAGAAGCAUCUGUUCCGAGGGCUCAGCCACAGCGCGGAUCUCCUGGCGCAUGAGGCGCGGUUAGUGGUGACUGUUGGACAUGUCAGAGGGGUUCUGGACUCCUCGGUCUUGGACCCGGAACCAGGGCCCCAAGGCCCUUUCAUCGCUUACAGCUAUUAUGUAACGUACGAGUUUGUGGAAGAUGAGGAAGGCGAAGGAAAUGAAUACGGCCGCGUGCUGGCUGAGAUCGUCAAGCCCUCUCCCAGCACGGAACAGCUGGGUGAGGACAUUCCCAAAGAGCCCAUCAAAGAAGCUGAAGACUCCGAAGAGUCUGGGCUGGCCUCCCAGUCCCGGUCCGGGGAGCCGGAGGUGUCUGUUGUCUCCGGUGCCUCAGCGCCCUUGCCGCGGUCCAUAGACUCUGCAGAAGAGCUGGCCAAGCUGCGGCCGCGCCUGGAUCCCCGGCUCUGCCCGUCCCCAGGGACAGUUCUCUUUAGCACAGUCCGCAAGCCCUGGUCUGACGUCAUCCCCUGCGACUACAAGAUGCAGCACACGCUCGAGGACCUGGUGCCGCUCAAGGCCUUCCUGCUCUCAGGGACCACCGUCACCAUCGUGGAGGAGAAGAUUCUCUCCUGGCCUGCGGUGCCACCUUCCCCCAACAGUCCCUCGGCUGCUAAGAAGGGAAAGGGGGCGAAGGACAAGAAAGGGAAGAAGAAAGACAAGGAAGAGAAAGACAAGAAGGGAAACGAUGGGAAAGACAAAGCCGGCAAAGGGGAGAAAGAACCAGCCAAGGAGCAGAAGGGGAGCAAGAAGAAGAAGGAGCUUCGUCAGGACCUGCGCCAGGACCCGCCCGUCCUCCGGGUGCUGGGCAGUGGCCCGGUGGUCCUGGAGCCUCUGCUCUCCGGGGAGCCAUUCGUGUCCACCGUGUGCAACUUUGGGGUGGUCCGUACCUUGGAGACCGACAGGCUGACGCUUUACAGGGAUUCAAAGAAGCAUAAGAGUAAGAAAGCUAAAAAAGCUGCUUUGGAGGCCAGGAAGUCCAAGACCAAGUUGCCAGCAGCAUCAGUGUACGAAAGCGACUACCGCCCCGACCCCCUGACGGUGGAGAUCCAGAUCCAGCUGAUCCAGGGCCGCUCGACGGAGGAGGCGCUUCGGGGGCUCGUCCCGUAG